UACUCAUAUGCAGUCUUCAGUCACCCAAAUUCUCUGACAUCAGAACUCGGUUGCUCAACCGCCUUGAACAAGAUCCAACACUGACACUUAAUGCGAUCAUAGACGAAUACCAGCGUAUCAUCAAUCUGCAGCGUGACACCACUUUGGUUCAAUCUGGGGGCCAGGGUGGUUCCGAAGUUCAUGCUGUUCAGCACCAGAAAAAAUCUUCGAGAUCGACAAACUCGAGUCCUUCGAACGCCAGCGCUGUUUCUAUCUCUAAUCACUCUAAACCGGUUCAGAAGAAACCCCCCUCGCCAUGUUGGCACUGUGGAGCCUGGCAUUAUGUGAAGUUCUGUCCAUUCAAACAGCAUGUGUGCGAUCGCUGUCAGAAAGUUGGUCACAAAAGCGGCUUUUGCAAAUCCAACCGAUUCAAUAACCGUCGAAAUGCACAGACGCAGCGUCGUUUUCACAAAAAGCCGAUUACCUCAUCAAGGAGUUUAGCAGCAGUCUUCCAUACUCAUGCCGUGACUCGACGCAAAUUCCUGACCCUCUCAAUCAAUGGUCAGCCUGUUCGUUUGCAGUUGGACACUGCAUCAGACAUCACCAUUUUGUCGAAAAAGACUUGGCGAACCUUGGGUCAACCUCCCAUCAAACCAUCCUCUCAGACAGCCGUCAGUGCUUGUGGGGGUCAUCUCCGCCUUCAUGGUGAACUCUGUUGCUGUAUUUCAUUCAGAGGUACAACCUUCAAUGGGACAUGUUACAUCACCAAUUCUUCGCUCAACCUUUUAGGUUUAGAUUGGUUCGAAGAACUUGGUCUCGCUGAUCUUCCUAUUAGCGCUGUCUGCAAUCAAGUCCAAACUACUGCUUCUACACAACAGCAUACUGAAGACCUUCGAAAACGAUUUAUUGAAUUAUUUAAGCCUGGUCUCGGACUUUGUUCCACAACUGAAGCUGUUUUAAAACUGCAGCCAGAAGCUACGCCAGUUUUUCGCCCAAAGCGUCCAGUCCCAUACGCAUCUUUACCUCUGGUUGACGCUGAACUUCAACGUUUGGAAACUGAAGGUGUCCUAGUACCUGUUUCUUAUUCAGCAUGGGCUGCACCAAUUGUGGUUGUAAAAAAAUCCAAUGGCUCCAUUCGCAUCUGUGCAGACUUUUCUACAGGACUCAACGCGGCUCUACAACAGCAUCACUAUCCGCUGCCGAUCCCAGAUGACUUAUUUACUAUUUUAAAUGGUGGUACCUAUUUUGCUAAGCUGGAUCUGGCAGACGCUUACCUUCAAAUUCCAGUCGCUCUAGAAUCCAGAGAGUUGUUGACAAUCAACACUCACCGAGGACUUUUUCAGUAUACCCGGUUACCCUUCGGUAUCAAAACUGCUCCAGCGAUCUUCCAGCAGAUCAUGGACACUAUUCUGGCAGAUGUUCCUGGUGUUGCUACAUACCUUGACGAUGUACUCAUUGUCGGCUCAACUGUUGAUGAAUUGCAUACCAGAACCCACUUAGUUCUGCAACGCCUCCAGGAUAAUGGUUUUCGCCUUCGCACAGAAAAAUGCCAAUUCUUCUUACGUUUCGUUAAGUACCUGGGGUUUAUCUUUGAUGCUUCCGGACGACACCCUGAUCCUCAGAAUACUUACGCAAUCCAACAAAUGCCUGCUCCCACUGAUGUCUCCUCACUGCGAUCAUUUUUGGGGAUGAUUAGCUACUAUUCAGCAUUUCUUCCAUCACUGCAUGACGUACGAUAUCCAUUAAAUCGUCUGCUAGAAAAGAAUGCUACUUGGAAUUGGUCAACGCAAUGUGAAUCAGCUUUUUCAAAACUUAAAGCCAUGCUAAGUUCCAAUCUUCUGCUAACCCACUACAAUCCGAAACUACCCAUUGUGGUUGCUGCUGACGCUUCAACACAUGGACUGGGUGCCGUAAUCUCACAUGUCUUUCCCGACGGGUCAGAGAAAGCGGUGAUGCACGCUUCGAGAACACUAACACCUGCUGAGAAACGCUACGGCCAGAUAGAGAAGGAAGCGUUAGCCCUAAUUUUUGCUGUCCGGCGAUUCCACAAAUUCAUUUAUGGGCGCUGUUUCACCUUGCUCACAGACCACAAACCUUUGUUAUCAAUCUUUGGAUCAAAGAAAGGCAUUCCUGCCCAUUCUGCUAAUCGUCUUCAACGUUGGGGGUUGGCGUUAUUGGGGUACGACUUUGACAUCCAGUAUCGACGUUCCGAAGAUUUUGGUCAAGCGGAUGCACUGUCCAGACUUAUCAGUAACCAUUCUACCACUGAUGAGGACACACUCAUAGCCACAGUAUCAACCGAAGAGGAUUCCGGUGCUACACUAUUGGCGAAUGCCGUUCGAGCAAUGCCUGUUACCGCUGAAGAUGUUCGGGAAGCUACCAGAGAAGACCCGAUUAUCCAAGAAGCGAUCACCUAUGUUCAGAGCAGAUGGCCAGUUAAGCAGCUGAGUGGUGAUAUGCAACAAUUAGCGAAUCGUCGCAGCGCUCUCUGUAUUGUUAACGAUUGUCUGAUGUUCGGUGAUCGCGUAGUAAUUCCAACAACCCUACGUUCCAAAGUCCUACGCCAAUUCCACUCUGGGCACCCAGGGAUAAACCGUAUGAAAUCCAUCACUCGAAGCUAUGCAUAUUGGCCAAAUAUGGACAAGCAGAUUGUCGACUUCGUCAAAAGGUGUUCACAUUGCCAAAAAGCUGCGAAAAAUCCUCCUAAGUUGCCUCCUGUACCCUGGCCGAAGUCAGAAAAACCCUGGUCGCGAGUGCAUAUUGACUUCACCGGACCCCUAGAUGGUACCACAUAUCUGAUACUGGUUGACUCACACUCCAAAUGGCCGGAGAUAUUGCCGAUUGCGCCACCCUCUACAACUCGAACUAUCAAACUCCUUAAUCGGAUCUUCGCUCAGCAUGGUCUUCCAGAAACAAUAGUAACAGACAAUGGUUCACAAUUCACAUCUAGCCAAUUCCGAGAAUUUUGCCUGCAAAAUUCGAUCAACCAUGUUCGUUCUCCGCCAUACCACCCGCAAUCUAAUGGACAAGCUGAAAGGUUCGUUGAUACAUUUAAACGAGCCAUGCUUAAAGCACGAGGGGAGGGGACCACAGAAGAUAUCAUAGAACGAUUUCUAGUUGCGUACCGGACGACCCCGCAUGACUUACUGCCAAACUCCAAAUCCCCUGCUGAGAUGCUUAUGGGGCGAAAGCUACGGACAGUUCAUGGUGCGAUGAAACCCAAACAAGUGGCCCAGCAAAGCCCCCAGAUGAAGAAUACUCGAAUUCCCUACGAAGUUGGUACAAAAGUGUAUGCGCGAGAUUAUAGACAUGGAUGUGAUAAAUGGGUAGAGGGUGAAAUCACACAAAAACAUGGGAACGUCAUGUAUGAUGUCAAGGUGAACCAAGAAAUCUGGACCAGGCACCACAAUCAACUCAGGUCAAGGGAAGCGAAGGAGAAAGAAGCAAUUACAAAACACGUCCCACUCGACUUGCUGUUGGACACGUUUCAACUUCCGCCAAUACCUCCAACAGAGACGACUAAGUCAUCUACUCAAGUAGAACAUCCUUCUGGUUCUGUGUGGUUGCCUCGGAGGUCGGAUCGCAAAAGAAGACACCCAAAGAAACUUCAAGUAAACCCUCGGUUACGUCGCUAUUAACUUCUCCAAAGGGGAGGUGUUGGGAUACUCAGAAGAAUAUCCCAGAAACAAUUAUCCGGUUAAGUCUAAUGCUACCCUUGAACGUUAAAUGGUGUCAUUUCCCUAUUGGUCGUUUCCCUACUGAUCAAUAUUUAUUUCGCGUGUCAUUUUCCUAUUGGUCAAUAUUAUUUAACGUGUCAUCUUUCUGUUGGUCAAUAUUUAUAGUAAUCCUAACUGUAUAAAUAUGCAUUUGUUUGUAAGUCAUUAUUCUGCUGCUCCUGACCCCAUAAACGAUUUUCCAUCUACGGUUCGUGUUCUGAUAUAUUGGAGAUUGGGAACAGUAUUGGGGUCGAACUGGGAUAUCUGAAGCUAGUCAAUCGGUAGAAUUUAGAGUAGCCAACUCGCGAUUCACAAUAAAUUUGGCGACGGAGAUUGAGGAACAAGUUGGUGAUUAACCAUGGAUCCAGCCAAAUUAGAAAAAUUGUUCGAACAGCAGCUGAAGCUGAUGGAGAUGAUUACUCAGACGCAUAUAUCUUCUCGAGUUCCAACUGCACCGACAAUUCCUGAAUCAGUUGAUGGUAUUACCAGUGGUAUUUCAGAAUUUCUUUAUGAUCCUGAUGCCAACAUUACAUUUGAUACCUGGUUCAGACGUUAUGAAGACCUUUUCAAAGUCGACUUUGUUGACAGAGAUGAUUCGUGGAAGGUGCGUCUUCUUCUCCGUAAACUUGGUCCAUCCGAGCUGGAUAAGUAUUGCAAUUUCAUUCUACCGCAGAACCCACGCGACCGUUCAUUCGACGCCACUAUUCAGUCCCUUAGCCAACUUUUUGGUGAUCAUCACUCACUCUUCAGUACCCGAUAUCGCUGCUUAAAACUGGUCAUGAAUGAAUCUGAUGACUUCCUGACCCACGUCGGCGUUGUUAACCGUGAGUGCGAACGGUUCAAGCUCAGAUCCCUCACUGAAGACCAAUUCAAGUCCCUAGUACUCAUAUGCAGUCUUCAGUCACCCAAAUUCUCUGACAUCAGAACUCGGUUGCUCAACCGCCUUGAACAAGAUCCAACACUGACACUUAAUGCGAUCAUAGACGAAUACCAGCGUAUCAUCAAUCUGCAGCGUGACACCACUUUGGUUCAAUCUGGGGGCCAGGGUGGUUCCGAAGUUCAUGCUGUUCAGCACCAGAAAAAAUCUUCGAGAUCGACAAACUCGAGUCCUUCGAACGCCAGCGCUGUUUCUAUCUCUAAUCACUCUAAACCGGUUCAGAAGAAACCCCCCUCGCCAUGUUGGCACUGUGGAGCCUGGCAUUAUGUGAAGUUCUGUCCAUUCAAACAGCAUGUGUGCGAUCGCUGUCAGAAAGUUGGUCACAAAAGCGGCUUUUGCAAAUCCAACCGAUUCAAUAACCGUCGAAAUGCACAGACGCAGCGUCGUUUUCACAAAAAGCCGAUUACCUCAUCAAGGAGUUUAGCAGCAGUCUUCCAUACUCAUGCCGUGACUCGACGCAAAUUCCUGACCCUCUCAAUCAAUGGUCAGCCUGUUCGUUUGCAGUUGGACACUGCAUCAGACAUCACCAUUUUGUCGAAAAAGACUUGGCGAACCUUGGGUCAACCUCCCAUCAAACCAUCCUCUCAGACAGCCGUCAGUGCUUGUGGGGGUCAUCUCCGCCUUCAUGGUGAACUCUGUUGCUGUAUUUCAUUCAGAGGUACAACCUUCAAUGGGACAUGUUACAUCACCAAUUCUUCGCUCAACCUUUUAGGUUUAGAUUGGUUCGAAGAACUUGGUCUCGCUGAUCUUCCUAUUAGCGCUGUCUGCAAUCAAGUCCAAACUACUGCUUCUACACAACAGCAUACUGAAGACCUUCGAAAACGAUUUAUUGAAUUAUUUAAGCCUGGUCUCGGACUUUGUUCCACAACUGAAGCUGUUUUAAAACUGCAGCCAGAAGCUACGCCAGUUUUUCGCCCAAAGCGUCCAGUCCCAUACGCAUCUUUACCUCUGGUUGACGCUGAACUUCAACGUUUGGAAACUGAAGGUGUCCUAGUACCUGUUUCUUAUUCAGCAUGGGCUGCACCAAUUGUGGUUGUAAAAAAAUCCAAUGGCUCCAUUCGCAUCUGUGCAGACUUUUCUACAGGACUCAACGCGGCUCUACAACAGCAUCACUAUCCGCUGCCGAUCCCAGAUGACUUAUUUACUAUUUUAAAUGGUGGUACCUAUUUUGCUAAGCUGGAUCUGGCAGACGCUUACCUUCAAAUUCCAGUCGCUCUAGAAUCCAGAGAGUUGUUGACAAUCAACACUCACCGAGGACUUUUUCAGUAUACCCGGUUACCCUUCGGUAUCAAAACUGCUCCAGCGAUCUUCCAGCAGAUCAUGGACACUAUUCUGGCAGAUGUUCCUGGUGUUGCUACAUACCUUGACGAUGUACUCAUUGUCGGCUCAACUGUUGAUGAAUUGCAUACCAGAACCCACUUAGUUCUGCAACGCCUCCAGGAUAAUGGUUUUCGCCUUCGCACAGAAAAAUGCCAAUUCUUCUUACGUUUCGUUAAGUACCUGGGGUUUAUCUUUGAUGCUUCCGGACGACACCCUGAUCCUCAGAAUACUUACGCAAUCCAACAAAUGCCUGCUCCCACUGAUGUCUCCUCACUGCGAUCAUUUUUGGGGAUGAUUAGCUACUAUUCAGCAUUUCUUCCAUCACUGCAUGACGUACGAUAUCCAUUAAAUCGUCUGCUAGAAAAGAAUGCUACUUGGAAUUGGUCAACGCAAUGUGAAUCAGCUUUUUCAAAACUUAAAGCCAUGCUAAGUUCCAAUCUUCUGCUAACCCACUACAAUCCGAAACUACCCAUUGUGGUUGCUGCUGACGCUUCAACACAUGGACUGGGUGCCGUAAUCUCACAUGUCUUUCCCGACGGGUCAGAGAAAGCGGUGAUGCACGCUUCGAGAACACUAACACCUGCUGAGAAACGCUACGGCCAGAUAGAGAAGGAAGCGUUAGCCCUAAUUUUUGCUGUCCGGCGAUUCCACAAAUUCAUUUAUGGGCGCUGUUUCACCUUGCUCACAGACCACAAACCUUUGUUAUCAAUCUUUGGAUCAAAGAAAGGCAUUCCUGCCCAUUCUGCUAAUCGUCUUCAACGUUGGGGGUUGGCGUUAUUGGGGUACGACUUUGACAUCCAGUAUCGACGUUCCGAAGAUUUUGGUCAAGCGGAUGCACUGUCCAGACUUAUCAGUAACCAUUCUACCACUGAUGAGGACACACUCAUAGCCACAGUAUCAACCGAAGAGGAUUCCGGUGCUACACUAUUGGCGAAUGCCGUUCGAGCAAUGCCUGUUACCGCUGAAGAUGUUCGGGAAGCUACCAGAGAAGACCCGAUUAUCCAAGAAGCGAUCACCUAUGUUCAGAGCAGAUGGCCAGUUAAGCAGCUGAGUGGUGAUAUGCAACAAUUAGCGAAUCGUCGCAGCGCUCUCUGUAUUGUUAACGAUUGUCUGAUGUUCGGUGAUCGCGUAGUAAUUCCAACAACCCUACGUUCCAAAGUCCUACGCCAAUUCCACUCUGGGCACCCAGGGAUAAACCGUAUGAAAUCCAUCACUCGAAGCUAUGCAUAUUGGCCAAAUAUGGACAAGCAGAUUGUCGACUUCGUCAAAAGGUGUUCACAUUGCCAAAAAGCUGCGAAAAAUCCUCCUAAGUUGCCUCCUGUACCCUGGCCGAAGUCAGAAAAACCCUGGUCGCGAGUGCAUAUUGACUUCACCGGACCCCUAGAUGGUACCACAUAUCUGAUACUGGUUGACUCACACUCCAAAUGGCCGGAGAUAUUGCCGAUUGCGCCACCCUCUACAACUCGAACUAUCAAACUCCUUAAUCGGAUCUUCGCUCAGCAUGGUCUUCCAGAAACAAUAGUAACAGACAAUGGUUCACAAUUCACAUCUAGCCAAUUCCGAGAAUUUUGCCUGCAAAAUUCGAUCAACCAUGUUCGUUCUCCGCCAUACCACCCGCAAUCUAAUGGACAAGCUGAAAGGUUCGUUGAUACAUUUAAACGAGCCAUGCUUAAAGCACGAGGGGAGGGGACCACAGAAGAUAUCAUAGAACGAUUUCUAGUUGCGUACCGGACGACCCCGCAUGACUUACUGCCAAACUCCAAAUCCCCUGCUGAGAUGCUUAUGGGGCGAAAGCUACGGACAGUUCAUGGUGCGAUGAAACCCAAACAAGUGGCCCAGCAAAGCCCCCAGAUGAAGAAUACUCGAAUUCCCUACGAAGUUGGUACAAAAGUGUAUGCGCGAGAUUAUAGACAUGGAUGUGAUAAAUGGGUAGAGGGUGAAAUCACACAAAAACAUGGGAACGUCAUGUAUGAUGUCAAGGUGAACCAAGAAAUCUGGACCAGGCACCACAAUCAACUCAGGUCAAGGGAAGCGAAGGAGAAAGAAGCAAUUACAAAACACGUCCCACUCGACUUGCUGUUGGACACGUUUCAACUUCCGCCAAUACCUCCAACAGAGACGACUAAGUCAUCUACUCAAGUAGAACAUCCUUCUGGUUCUGUGUGGUUGCCUCGGAGGUCGGAUCGCAAAAGAAGACACCCAAAGAAACUUCAAGUAAACCCUCGGUUACGUCGCUAUUAACUUCUCCAAAGGGGAGGUGUUGGG